CUCGGGUUUUCCAGGCCAAAUUUCUUCCCAGUAAGUUCUGUUUUCAGGGACCAUGAAUGCAUUCAAGUUUUGGAAGCAGACCUGCUGCAAGAUUGGAUCGAGGUACCGUCUUCGGUAUUAUACAAGUCUCGCGCCCCUCCGAUCCCGCAUCACAAAGCCACUAGUGGCCAGUCCUGGCAACUGGUAUCUUGGCGAAGCCCACAUUGGCGGAGAGACUGUUACUGUGCAAUCACAGUCGAUUUUGGACGACCAUGAUCUUGAACAACUCUGUCAUGGCCAGUUUCCCGCUAACUGCGAAGGUGAAGAGAUACGGCUAGGAAAAAUUUCGCUGGAUAAUUUUCGUCGAAUACGAGCGGCGUUUGAAGCUCGCGCUGAAGCGGAGGAACCUAUCCGGAGCUAUGUCACGUACAACGCCAAGUUUUCCACCGCUUCCGCACUCAAAGCUCCAUCGACAGAAGUCCACAGCUUUGCGAUAGCGGAACUUGGACGCCAAAUGAACGGCAGUAUCGAAAAGACGUUCCCGUCGACGGUGAGAGACUGCUUCAUGUUCCGAAUCGAAGCCAGUCAGGCAGGAUUCGACUCGAAGGAUAAGAGUGAAAGCAUAAUCAAAGUCCCCGACGCUUCGCUCCAAUAUUUCGACGACCCUCAAGGUGUAUAUUUGCAGAACAUUUUCAUUUUUCAGAUUGGAUUUCGUGAGCAGUACUCUUCUUUGAAGAGCUCCAUGGACUUGUGGCUAGAGGGAGAUAAAGAUGUCCAAGCAGUCUUUCUGGUCAAAUUUACAGAGAAGCCGCAAUACAGGACACCUAUUAAUGUCCGCCACCCUCCUAUUCAGUUUCAAGAGGAUGCGAAGCUUCCAAUUGAAGAGACCAAGCAGCCUAAGUUGGUGGAGGAAUCAGGGAGAGUUUUGAUUCAUGGAAAAGUCUUUGCCCAUAGAAUCACAGGAUUCUGUGAGCUCUGGGUGCGAAAUCCAGAUACGGGAAAGGCCGAGCUUCGAGGCAAACGUAUAGAUUUCUAUGACAGCGACUCUUCAGUCAAGAUCGAGUCUCCCGAGCUGAAGAUUGAUUUCGAAACCUACUUGCCGAACGUACCGGAGCUUCGGGGAAAGUCUUUUGUCAUGGACUGGCGCAAAAUGGCGUCAGUGGUCCAGAGGGGCCAUAAGCGCACUGCUAUCCAGCGCUAUCUCAUGGCACUGAAACGGUGUCACGCUGCGCAAGCUAAGGAGCCCUAAUUGUCACCGCCAAAGUUCCUACUACUUCGAAACUUGCAGCAGUCCCAUCAGGUUACGUCUCAAUGUCCUGGAUCCAACAUCUUUACUUGAACCCUGUUGUUCCCUUCAUCUGCUGAACUUGCCCACUGAGCUGGUAGUUUGCACUAGGAUAAUAGUUCUGCGGAUGACACGCUUUGCAGUCAAGAAAUGAGAGAAGGGGGCCCCGGUUGUUGAGCGGAAGUAUCUAUAGUGCAAUCCAACUUGCAUGAUUAGGCGGAGGGGCAACGUGCAGUUAUUUGAGAAUAUGUUCGAUGAU